CUUUAAGAUACAGACCUGGGUGUUACCGAUCAAAAGGAUGAAUCGGAUAACCUAUGAAAGCGACGGGUGCCCACGCGUGGGAAACGCGCCAUUCUGUUACAUAAGUCAGGGAGAUCUUGUUUACACUCCCAUACACAGGCAAUUCAGUCCUGGGUACCAACUGUGUGCGAAGCAUGAGAGAACGGAAUGAAAAUGAGUAACAAUGUCUAGGGCGAAGUGGCUAAGGUGUAGCAGCUGCCUCUGUCCUAAAUUCAAGCCCUGUACUACUUUAAAAAAUAGUAGUGUAGCUGCAGCUGCAGCAGCAACAACGUGUCUAAAGUCCUGGGCACCAGAAAGUUAAUGUUAGAUUCUAACCUGAAAGGAACCAGCCCGCUUGUAGAAGAAAAGGCAUCUAUCUGGAUAACUGCAAAUGCAGAAAAUCCCCCAUGUUUCCCCAUCAUCCGAAGACUCUGGGCAGAGACUGGACCACACCAUGGGAGAACCUGCAAAAAUGUUGCUGGAACAGACAUCUUUCUAGUUGUAUGAGGUGGCCUGGACAUUAUUCUCGUGUUCCAUACCCUUACUUGAGUAGCAGGCAUUUUUCACUAAAAUGGAGACCACCUUGUUUGUUUGAGUCUAGGACUCAGUAUCAGUACUAUAAUUGGAGACCUGACCCCCUGACUCAGACAUCCUGGAUUCAUCUCUCUGGUUCCAUCAUGAACUCUGAGGGCGAUGAGCCUUCAUCCAAACGAAGAAGACACCAAGGUAAAGGCACAAUAAAAAGGAAUUGGGAAUAUAUCUGUAACCAUAAUAAAGAAAAAUCGAACAUCUUGGGAGAUAAAAAUGUUGACCCAAAAUGUGAAGACAGUGAGAACAAGUUUGACUUUUCAGUGAUGUCCUAUAAUAUACUUUCACAAGAUUUAUUGGAAGAUAAUUCUCACCUUUACAGACAUUGUCGCCGGCCAGUAUUACAUUGGAGUUUUAGGUUUCCUAAUAUUCUGAAAGAAAUUAAACACUUGGAUGCAGAUGUUCUUUGUUUGCAAGAAGUUCAAGAAGACCAUUAUGGAAAAGAAAUCAGGCCAAGUUUGGAGUCACUGGGUUAUCAUUGUGAAUAUAAGAUGCGGACAGGAAGGAAACCUGAUGGCUGUGCCAUUUGCUUCAAACACUCCAAAUUUUCACUUUUAUCAGUAAAUCCAGUGGAAUUCUACCGCCCUGAUAUUCCUCUAUUGGACAGAGAUAAUAUAGGAUUAGUUUUACUACUACAGCCUAAAAUUCCAUGUGCUGCCACUUCUUCCAUCUGUGUAGCUAAUACACAUCUACUGUAUAAUCCAAGACGAGGUGAUAUUAAGCUGACCCAGUUGGCGAUGCUGUUGGCAGAAAUUUCCAAUGUUGCCCAUCAAAAGGAUGGCAGCUUCUGUCCUGUUGUUAUGUGUGGUGACUUUAACUCUGUUCCUGGUUCUCCACUCUAUAGUUUCAUAAAAGAAGGGAAAUUGAACUAUGAAGGACUUGCUAUAGGAAAGGUAUCUGGCCAGGAACAGUCUUCACGGGGACAAAGAAUAUUAUCUAUUCCCAUUUGGCCCCCAAACCUAGGUAUCUCACAGAGCUGUGUGUAUGAGGUACAGCAGGUAUCAAAAGUAGAAAAGACAGAUGGUGAUGUGACACAAGCAAAGCUGGGGGAAACAGAUGUCCUGGUAACAGCUGAAAAAGUAUCUUCACAUUUGCAGCACCAUUUCAGCUUGUCGUCUGUUUAUUCACAUUACUUUCCUGACACUGGAAUUCCAGAAGUGACCACCUGCCAUUCUCGAAGUGCCAUAACUGUAGAUUACAUUUUUUACUCUGCAGAAAAGGAAGUCACUGCUGGACAGCCAGGAGCUGAAACUGCUUUGGUUGGUGGCUUGAAACUUCUAGGUAGACUGUCACUUCUCACAGAACAAGAUUUAUGGACUGUAAAUGGACUUCCCAAUGAAAAUAACUCCUCAGAUCAUCUGCCUUUAUUGGCUAAGUUCAGACUUGAGCUCUGAUUCUUCCUUAUCAUUUUCUUUUAAAUUUAUAUUUUCAAAGAUUGUAAAGUUCUUAAGUAUUCGCAUGUUUAUUUUUGUGCUCUGGGUUUUCUUGAAGAAGUUGUGUGAAAUGCUUGAAACAUAUCAGAAGAAACAAGUUUACAAUAUUUUUUCAAUAAUGAAAAAUAUUUUUACUGAUAGUUGAGAUCUAAAUACUCUUUAUUAUCAAAGAGGUUAAAUAUUUUUUAUUCUGAAUCCUAGUACCACUGACCAGUGGUAUUUCAGUGUAGAAAUCUUCUUUAAUCCUCUGGGUAAAGAAGUUUACUUCGUGUUUUGGGGAAGCUUUAUAAAGGAUCCAAAGUACCUGAAUUUUUACAAAACAGUAGUUUCCUUUUCAGAAGGUGUGAUUUCAUUGGAAGACCCCUGUGUUUAGAGUCCUCAUUCAUUCAUCUUAGAAAUCAAUAGGUUUUCAAUAAAUAUCCAUCUUUGUUAAUGUUUGAAGGGCUUGAUGCUUUUAAAUGUAAAAAAAAAAAAAAAAAAAAGGCUUAAUCCAUCUUUUUACUGUCCUGAGCCAUGUUAUGUGCCUGUAAUUUGUUGGUAAGAAAAUGAGGUCCUUCAGUAAGCCCAUUCUUUCCACCCUGUAGCAGACAGCAGUGGCCCAAGAAAAGCAAAGGCUUGGGUUAUGCCUUGCCCUGGCAGGCUUUUCUUCUUUUUUCCCAUUCAGUUGCAAGAAAAGAUCCCUGGUUGGGAAAGAUUUUAUUUUAUUAAACCAUUUCAGCAGAAAUAUAUUAGGGAAAUUGUCUUUAGAAUGAAGUGGCAGCUCUGAGAUUAUUUUUGUCAUUCCCAGAGGUUUGACAAAGUAGUAUAACUAGUGGAAGAUGUCAGCAUGAAUUCUUAAAGCUCUAAGUAGUUAUCUCUGUUGCUUUAAAUGAUGUUUCUCAAAUAUUUUCUUGUGAUAUACUCGCAUAAGAUGGUGCUUAACACUUUUUAUGAAGUGUUAGAAGCAGGUCUCGUAAAUCUGGUAGUUGACUGUAUACAAGUAUUU